AUGGGAUUCGGAAGUCCUGGUGGCGCCGCCGUGCCUACUAAACCUACGCCUCCGGAGCGUGGUAGUUUCCCUCUCGACCAUGAAGGUGAAUGCAAACACCUGAUCUCCAGCUAUCUGAAGUGUCUCAAAGGCAGCCGAGGCGUCAAUGACGAGGAAUGUCGAAAGCUCGCCAAGGGGUAUCUGGCCUGUCGUAUGGACAAGAACCUGAUGGCGCCGGAUGAUUUCAAGAACCUCGGACUUGUCUUCGGCAAGCAGGAGGGCGGGAAUGGGGCGAGCGCAGCGGCGACGCCGAGUGACGGUCCCGCCGUCUGGAAUCCAACCCCAAACCUCUCCCCAGCCUUCGGUUUCCGCAUCCCCCCUCCACUUCCAUCGCGAAACACCAAACCCCAGCAUGUCCUUACCUGCUCACCUCCAAUGUCCUCAAUCGCACGCCCCCCAGACCCCUGCCUAGUGGCAAUCGCCCUGAUCGUCCGCUCGCGAGCCGGCCCUCGCUUCGUAUUCCACUACCCUCCCAACCCGCUCAGCGAGAACGGGCUCCGAUCCGCAACCACCAGCAAAGCGCGGCGCGCCUCGAAGACUAAAAUCAGCAAGGGCAACGACUCCAGCUCCAGCGAAGACAGCGGCUCGACCUCCGAUGAAGACGAGGAUGAACAACAACACCAUGCCGGCGGCGUCCCUAGCCAGAACCCCAGCUCCACGCACCUAGCCGGCAGCGCGGUGUCCGCGACCACCGCCGGUCGACGGUCGAGUAACUUUGGCCUCGACGAUCAUGUGGCCAUGUCCGUGUCACCUGGGGGUGACUCUCAGCGACCGGGGUCCAUCAGCUCGGGGCGCACGCUGUUGCGAAAACGCGGUGGCGCAGCCUCGGACGUGGAAGACGACCCGGGCGCGGCGUCGGAUCGGCAAGAGGAUGGCGCGGGAGGAGGCGAGGGCGGACCGUAUCGCGCGCCGUGGGAGUCAAUGCUUGGGCUUCCGGCGGACGUGUGGGAAAAAGUGCUGAGUCCCUCGCGAUCGUGGCAUAAGCGACGGUUCGAGGUCGGUAUCAACGAUCUCGCCUUCGUCGGGUGGCCGGUGUUUGUGCGUGAAGAAGGCACCUGGCGCAAGCAGCGGCGGAAGAAGGAGAAGAAGAAACCGCGCGCGGACUGGGAGGGCGGGGAGCUCGGUCACAACGAGAAUGUCGAGGACGUGCAGGAUGACAAUCCGGAUUUGACGAUGGCCGCGUCGACGGAGACGCUGAGCCCGAGUCUAUGGGCGGCGGCGGAAUCGCACCGCGCGUCGAUGGCGUCGAUGGCGAGUAGUAAGACCGGGGGAGGACGGACGGCGAGUGAAGACGCGGAUGAUAAGGACUCCAUGACUAUGUUCAAUGUCGUCUUCGUGCUGGAUCCGCCCUUGCUCGAGUAUUCGAUGCGCAUUCGGGAGAUCUACGACAAUAUCAUUAAGAAGUUCGCAAAGGCCUUGAAAUGGGAACAGGCGCGGACGGACUAUGUCUGGAGGGAGGCCCAGCAUAUAUCACAUAUCAAGGAGAAGGCGAAAGAGAAGAGAAUGUCUGCGACUACUCUCUAUUCGGAGCUCAUCAACCAAUCUUCCUUGGCUAGAGCCAUCUAUACCGUCUAUUCUAGUAUCUCGGCGUCGAAGAUUGCGUCCGUGGCCCUGAGUCCGGACGUGUCUAUCUCCCUUCAGAUUCCUCCCUUGACCUCGACGCCGUAUCUUCCGGGCCCAACCGACAAGGCAUACCCUGGUCUCUGGCUCACGACGGCUGACAGUGUCACUCCGGUAGAUGACCCAACCGCUGAUGAGAAUACCGCGCCGCACCAAGUCCCGGCCAAACACUUUGCGCUCCUGUUACUUGACAACGAGACCAGCAUCCUGAAGGAUGUCGAGUCAUCUGGAGGUGCAUUGGCUCCCGCGCUAGCUCACUAUAUUCGCUGCUCAAAGCCGACCAAGUCUUUUGCUCAGAUAUCAGCAUCGUCGGGGAUCUCCCUCUCAACCAUACAGCUUUUGGCAAGUCAUCUGAUAUACUGGAGACGGGCCCGUGCGAUCCCGCCACUUCACCAACGGGAUACCUUCAUUGUCUCUCCGAACUGCGACCUGAGCAAGCUGGAAGUGGCGACGAUCGCGUAUCAAACGGCGUUUCCCACGCUUCCGAGUCUUCCAAAGAUGCUGUCCGCAUUGAGCGGGACCCCCCGGCCUUACGGAAGCUUUAUCCCCAGCAAAGACCACAAAGAGACCUACUUUGCUAUACUCGCAUGGCUGUUAAGAGGAGGGUGGGUGACCCAGCUCCGCUCCUUCUCCAGAGUCAAGGUGACCCCGGAGAUCAAACUGGCCGUGGAGAUGGCCCUACGACGCGAAGAAGUCGACAGGUACCUGCGGAAGCGUGCCCCGGAGCCCGAAAAGCACAGCGAGUCUUACGAUGCGGACGACGACUUCGACGAUACCAGCUCCUCGUCCUCCUCAUCCCUCGCGAGCCAGGGCAGCGGCGAAGAGACCCCGAUGCCGGGACAGUACAAACCGGACGGCGGGAUGCGCCUGACCUACUCGAUGCUGGACCGACACACGUCCCUGAAGACGUCGUCCUUGAUCCUAUUCCCGCAUCGGGCCUCGCCACUGGAGUCGCGAUGGCUCGACGAGAUCGUGGCGCGGUUCCCCGACCAUCCACGGUUCUUCCUGCGUGGUCGCGCCGGACGACCCGGGGAUGCCGGCGAGGGCGAUCUGGAAUACGCGGGUCUUCGAAAUUCCAUGAAAGAGUACUGGCCCAUCUACAUCAAAUACUUCAACGGAUACGACGCCGUCGAAAAGAUCCCUGUGCGGGAGAACCUCAAGCGGAAACUUGUUUGGCAAGUGCUCGCGCGACUGGGAUCCGUGACCAGUUCGCAAUCAUCUCUGGAGCUCGACCCGGCCGAACAGGUCUUGGUUAGUGUGCGACAUUGGUAG